UGACCUGCGUUUCCGCAACUCCCACGCCGCCUCCCCACGAUCCACAGCGAACAGGGACGUCCAAAUCCCCGAUAGCAGUCCCAGUCAAGCACCCAGCAGUGACUGAUUCGAAUCCCCAGAGGACAGCACGGCAACCGCACAGCUCAGCACAGCACAGGCCCGUCUGCUGCGAGUGCUGUCGAUCUGCUGAGGUGCUCUCUCUCUCUUCGCAUCCUCUUGGCGAUCGCAUCAGCCUCGCUCUCGAGGUCAUGGCCGGCUGCCACACGCGCGCGACAUCCAAUUCCACGACUGCGACCCGACCCACGCUGUACGAGUAAGAUUGGCCGGAAGAGGCGACCAUUGGCUGAGACGGCAGCCCGCACCAGUCCAGCAACCGCAACUGUAAAGCGCUGCACGUCGUACGAACCUGAUUCGGCUGGACGCCAGAGCCAGAGCAUGCAGCAACCGCCCUCCUUUGGCGACCGCAGCAUCACCGGCCUGGGAGACGCAGCCAGCCGACCAAAUCUCUCCUCGUCCUUCUCGGCUGUCCCCAGCGCGCCCUCGGCACCGACAUCGCCACCGCCGCGGCCGCCAAUAUCGCUGGAUCCCCCGUCGCGAGAGCCUCCUGGCAUCGAGCCCGUGCUCCGCAUCACGCCAGUGCCGCGCUCCGUCUUUGCGUCUGUCCACCAGCCGCGCAAGUCGUCGCUGCUCCAGACGUCGCACGCCUUGCCCUCGCCCAGAGCCGCAGCCCAUCAGCAGCCCAUCUCGCAUUCCGCUUCUGGCAGCAGUGCCAGCACCGGCAGCAGUGGCAGUGCCAGCGGCAGCAGCAGCGGCAAUCUGCUGCGUCAAACGCAUCGCGACACCGUGCACCCCCCCGUCGGCGUCAAGCGACCGUCCACCCCGUCGUCGCAUCCCGCCAGGGGCGCCAGCACCGGAGCAUCGCCGCAGCAAGGCGCCAGCUCCCGAAACCGCUCGUCGACGUCGCCCGUUUCGUCGCCGUCGAGUCGCACGUCCCCUUAUGCCUCUCGCAAGGCCUCUGUCGACCACUUACGCCAGCAUCACAACCACCAUCAACACCAACACCAGCAGCAUUACCACUCCCAGUCCAACUCGUCCAUCGAGGCCGUAGUCGGUGCCCUCCCCGAUCCUUCAGGCCCCCGAGCGCCGUCUAGACCUUACCGAACGGAUCGCAACCACUUCGGCUCGUCAGAUCGCAGCGCGACUCCCACCCUGUCGCACUUCAUGAGGGCAGAGUCGAGCAUGUCCAUGAGGCGUUACGAGAGCGGUCCCCUACGCUCCAUAUCCCCGAGUCCCUACGGAAACCCUGCCACCACCACCACGCCGUCUACCGCCAGAAUGCCGCACGAGCAGAGCCACGAUCCCUACGCGCCCCGGGGUCACUCCCGAGAUCACUCGGGGAAGAGCAGCAGAGAUAUGGGCAAGCCCCGUGCUCAGAAGAAUCCCUCCCAGAAGGCGAUGCUCUCUCGCGCCCUGCAAAAGGCCAACACCGCAGUUCAGCUCGAUAAUGCCCAGAAUUUCGAGGGCGCUCGAGAAGCCUAUGCCGAGGCUUGCGACUUACUGCAGCAGGUGCUUGACCGAACACCAGGGGACGAGGAUAAGCGGAAGCUCGAAGCCAUUCGCCAAACAUACACAAGCCGCAUCGAUGAGCUGGAUCAAUUGGGGCCUUGGCAGGUUGAGACUGUCAAGGCUCUGCCGGCGCGGCCAGAGAGCGAGGAAUACAGCGCGUCCAUCUUCAUACCCCAGGACUACGACUUAACCGAUGAAGCUCCCAGGAUUGAGACGGCACGAGUGGUGAGCUACAUCGCCGGAGACAACGCGCCCCCCCUCGCAUCAGCGCCCAACCAGUGGCAGCAAUCGGGAGGUUAUACGACAUCAGAACGACUGCAGCCCACCCGCAAUCUGGAGCCGGGGCUGUUGCAGUCGUCUUUCUCUCGAGGCCCGAGGUCGCCCAGGCGGCUCCAGUCCACUGACGAUCUUCGCGCACAGCAUCAGGAGGCCCGGUAUGCGCCUCCCCCUCUCUCGCCUCGCUCGCAAUCGCCGGUCAAGACGCAUGACGACGUGUUUGCAGAGCUGCCACCGCACGAGCCUUAUCAGUACCAACAGGAGAAUGUCCAUCAAGAGCAUCAUCAGCACCACCACCACCACCACCAUCACCACCACGAACGACAGCCCAGCGAGUCUGUCCUGUCCUCAUACGAGCUUCAUGGUCAUGCAGAUGGAGGAGCCCAAAACUCAUGGUUAGAUCCAAUUGACGAGUCGGGAGGCUCAACAGCUUCGUCCGUACAUUCACGCACCUCUUCGCUUGGCUAUCGUCGACGCCAUAUCCGGGCCGUGAGCGGGAACACCGAGGCUGAGUUUGACACGGCGCUGGACGCCGCUAUCGAGGCUGCCUACGACGACGGAUACGAGCCCAUGGAUUCUGACAUGGCGGGCGUGCUGCAGAAAACGGAGCAGGAAGCCUAUGACGAGCUGGCCCAUCUCCGACAGGCGCACCAACAGGAUCCGCAGCACAUGCAGGAGGAGGGCAAGUAUACUGCCGAGGGAUUCUACGAGGAUGACUCAUCGGAGGAGGAGGAAAGACUGCUGGACGAGAUCACGCGCGACUUUGCCAUCGAGGACUUUACCAUGGAGAAUCCGAAUGGCAUGCAGGUGUCGGCUAGGCAGCAGGAUGCAUGGAACGAGGACGAGACGAGGCCGGAUUUCAUCUCGGGCGUCCGGUCCUUCUCUGCCCUUUCGCAGAGGCCGCCUAUUCCGCAGACUUAUGCCUCGAACGUCUCGCAGCCAGCAGCGCCCCCUCCGACUUCCGCAUUGCCGGAACUGCCACCAGCACGCCCUGGUCAGAAUCCAAGGCAGCUCAAGAUCGAGACGGCAAACAUCGUACAGACGCAGAACACUCAGGAACCGCCUCCCGAGGCGCUCGUCCGGACAGGGAGCGCACAGCCCCCCAGGCCGCCGAUACCAACAGAAAGCUUCGCAUCCGAACCCAAGGCACCCGGGUCACCAGGCGCUAAGAAGAGGCUCUUGGAGGGAGAGCAUAACUUUUCGUCUUCGAGCUUGAGGAGCAAGGCCAGAAAUAUGUCGGUCUCGCACCUGGACGACAGCUCGGAUGCUUCCCCUGGCACCCCUCUGAACGACCCCUUUAGCAAGGCGCCUACCGUGCCCGUGCCCGCGCUGCCGACACCCCUACUCACGUCGUUCAAAGAUCAUGUGGACGCAGCGGCGGGCGUUGGCCUCCACUUGUUUGAUGACGAUUUCCACGCAGCGGCCGCUGCCGGUCCCCAAAGCCCGCAGAGUCCCAGAAGCCCCAUUGUUGUCUCAAUGGACGUCCCCGUGCCUCUCGAACCCUGCCCGAACGAUUUCAUGCUGCGACCGUUUUGGCUGAUGCGAUGUCUCUACCAGACACUUGUGCACCCCAAGGGGGGCUACAUCAGCACGAAGCUGUUCGUGCCGCGCGAUGUCUGGCGAGUCAAGGGCGUCAAGAUCAAGAACGUGGAGGACAAGAUUGCGAAUUGCGACUUUUUGACUGCAGCCCUCUUGAAGUUGUCAAAGGUGGAUACUCUGGAUGCGGAUGCCGUUUUAGAAGAGAUGCAGGCCCUCGAGAACAUUCUGGAGCAGAUACAGCCAGUUCUGGCCCGAAAGCUUGGAAACGAAGACGCCUCUAUAAUGGAAGGAGAGCCAGGAUCAGCCGUGCCGCGGUCGGGCAGCGUGUCCGGCAAGGCGUCUGCGUUCUCGUGGCGAAGGCUUCGGCCAAAGACGUCGGGCGUUGGGCUGGGAGGGUCAUACAGCAGCCGAAACGCCAGUGCAGAGAUGAAGGAGGCGACGACACUGCCGACUGUGCCCAUGACACCGAAGCCGACAAGCCGGUCAGCCAAGCGAGACGUGAGCCAGGUUCAGUUUAUCGGGCCCAAUGCGAGCUACAUGGGCUCCCUCGCGCGCUUGUUUGACGCUGCGCAGGCAGUUGAUCAAAUUGCAAGGCAGGUUGACGACCCCGGUUUGCGGCUUGCGGACAAGACGCAAGUCGGCUUGGAGCUCUGCACCCGGCACGCCGCCGAGUUCUUCGGCUUCUACAUCUGCCGGUUUGUCCUGGCCGACCUUGGCCUGUUGCUGGACAAGUUCCUCAAACGAGGAAGCGAAUGGGUCAUGACAUGAAGAAAGAGAGGGGAGCCGUGUAUGUGAUGGAAAGCAAGCUUAUGUGUUUUAUACAAUGCGAUACCUAAUGUGCAAGAGGCGGAAUAAUUAAUCUGGAAUUUGGCAUAAUGUUCAUGAUGACGGAACGAUAGAAGCAGCAACGGCGCGUU